AAAGUUCUAAAUACAAGUUCUUGUUUGGAAUCUCAAGACGUGAUCUUGAAAGAUGACUGGAAGAGAUGUAGCCGAAAGUGGAGGAGAGAAGAAGCCGGAGAAAGUUGUGUCACCAUAUUCAGUGUUUUCAUCCGACAACCCAGGAGCGUUGAUUACGGCGGUGCUGUUGAAAGGUGAUAACUACAAUGAAUGGGCGACGGAGAUGAUGAACGCCUUGCAAGCAAAAAGGAAGAUGGGUUUCAUCGAUGGUUCCUUGAAGAAGCCACCGGAGGGUCACGCAGACUUGGAGUCAUGGCUAAGCGUGAAUUCUAUGAUUGUGGGAUGGCUUCGUACCUCGAUUGAACCACGUGUUAGAUCUACUGUGACGUUCAUCACCGAUGCGCACAAGCUAUGGGAGAAUCUCAAAGAGAGGUUCUCGGUUGGGAAUAAGGUUCGAGUUCACCAACUGAUGUGUAAAUUGGCGUCUUGUCGUCAAGAUGGACAUGCUGUGAUAGAUUAUUACGGAAGGCUGGCCAGGAUAUGGGAAGAGUUGCAGACGUAUCGUCCAGCUCUGGCGUGUUUGUGUGAAGCUGCGGCGGCGUACGAGAAAGAAAGGGAAGAUGAACGUGUUCAUCAGUUUGUGAUGGGUCUCGAUGAAUCGAGAUUUGGUAAUGUGGUUUCGGGUAUUAUUGAAGCAGAUGUGUUGCCCGAUCUUGGUAAAGUGUAUGCCAAAGUGAUUCAAGAAGAAGAUAGACUCAAUUCAGCUAAGACAAGAGAACAACAACAAGAAGCUGUGGGUUUUGCUACCCGACGUGAGACACAAGAAGAAACAGGGGGCUCUGGUUCUCGCCAUGACGGAGGAGGAAACAAACCACGAGAUCGUGCUUGUUUUUAUUGUGGCAGAGAGGGUCAUGAGAAGAGCUCGUGCUGGCAGUUGGUGGGCUAUCCUGAGUGGUUCACGGAACGUGGAGGCAGAGGAGGACGUGGUAUGAGUCGUGGAAGGGGACGUGGCGGAGCUUCUACCAGUUAUGGAGGAGGACGUGGGCAAGUGAAUAUGGCUCACGCAACUAGUCCUUAUGCUUCUACAACACCAGACUUGACUCCGGAGCAGUUGAGGAGAGCUAUUUCACAACUCUUCAAUGACAAAACUGGUGAAUCAUCAGACAAACUAGCUGGACCGUUUUUCGAAGACUCUGAUUGGUCGAGGGGAAGAACGUGAUGGGGUCUAUUAUUUAACGGAUGUGAAGACUGCUCGGGUUAACAAAGUUGAGGUGAAGACUGAUCAAGUUUUGUGGCAUCGUCGGUUGGGGCAUCCUGCGUUUUCGGUGUUAUCUUCUAUUCCUAAAAUUUCUGAUAUUACUAUUUCCGCUAGUCAAAGUCCUUGUGACACAUGUUUUCGGGUUAAGCAAACAAGCGAGGUUUUUUAUGAUAGUAUUAAUAAAACAGAGGAUUGUUUUUCUUUAA